AUGGCCAGCGAAUCUGCAGCAGCGGCGGCUGAAGCGGUGAAAUCCAUGGAAAUCAGCGGAGGAGAGAAGCCUGAAUGCAACCGUCCGUCCCCUCUCCCCCCUCUCCCCUCUCCCUCCCCCUCUUUCCCCCGCCCCUUCCCCCACACGUUUCCCCCUACCUUCUUCAAACUCUCCUCCCUCUUACCUUUCCCUUCGCGCUCGCCUUCCCCUCUCCUGUUUUCUUCUCCCCGUCAGGGUCAGGAGGGCAGCGUGCGUGACCUGGUUGCUCAGCUCGUGGCGGAGUCGCUGGCAAAAACUUUUCCCGACCUGUCCGAUCUGGAGCCGCUGGUUACCACGUGUAACAACCCGAAGUUCGGGGACUACCAAUGCAACAACGCCAUGGGCAUCUGGUCGCGCAUCAAGGGGUCCACCACCGAGUUCAAGAACCCCAAUGCCAUCGGCCAGGCAAUUGCCAAAAACCUGCCGCCCUCCCCGAUGGUGGAAAAGACGAGCAUCGCCGGCCCGGGCUUCGUGAACAUCGUCCUUACUCAGGCAUGGCUGGAAGACCACGUGUCUGGCGUCUUGAAGGGCGCUGGCAUCGCUGCGUGGGCGCCGAAACUGCCCGUGGCGCGUGCACUGGUGGACUUUUCAUCUCUCUCCCUUCCUAACAACCAUACCCUUUCCGUCCCCAUAUCUCUACCCUCCCUCCUCCCCUCCCAGGCGAUUGCCAAGAACCUGCCGCCCUCCCCGAUGGUGGAAAAGACGAGCAUCGCUGGCCCGGGCUUCGUGAACAUCGUCUUAACGCAAGCCUGGCUGGAAGACCACGUGUCUGGCGUCUUGAAGGGCGCUGGCAUCGCUGCGUGGGCGCCGAAACUGCCCGUGGCGCGUGCAUUGGUGGACUUUUCAUCUCUCUCCCUUCCUAACAACCAUACCCUUUCCGUCCCCAUAUCUCUACCCUCCCUCCUCCCCUCCCAGGCGAUUGCCAAGAACCUGCCGCCCUCCCCGAUGGUGGAAAAGACGAGCAUCGCUGGCCCGGGCUUCGUGAACAUCGUCUUAACGCAAGCCUGGCUGGAAGACCACGUGUCUGGCGUCUUGAAGGGCGCUGGCAUCGCUGCGUGGGCUCCUAAACUGCCCGUGGCGCAAGCAGUGGUGGAUUUCUCGUCGCCCAACAUCGCCAAGGAGAUGCACGUGGGGCACCUCCGGUCCACCAUCAUUGGUGACACGCUGGCCAGGAUGCUCGAGUACUGCCACGUGGAGGUGCUCCGGAGGAACCAUGUCGGCGAUUGGGGCACCCAGUUCGGCAUGCUGAUAGAGUAUCUGUUUGACAAGUUCCCCGACUGGGAGACGGUGGGCGAGCAAGCCAUAGGCGACCUGCAGUUCGGCAUGCUGAUAGAGUAUCUAUUCGACAAGUUCCCCGACUGGGAAACCAUCGGCGAUCAGGCCAUCGGAGAUCUCCAAGUCUUUUACAAGGCGGCCAAGAAGCGCUUCGACGAGGAUGCAGAGUUCAAGGAGAGGGCGCAGAGGGCGGUGGUGAAGCUGCAGGGGGGGCGAGGAGGAGUACCGGCGAGUCGUUCUACAACUCGUGCAUCCCUGCAGCAUUGGAAAAGAUCAAGGCAGCUGGGCUGGUGGUGGAGAGGCGAGUCGUUCUACAACUCGCACAUCCCUGCCGCACUCGAGAAGCUCAAGGCAGCUGGGCUGGUGGUGGAGAGCGAAGGGGGGGGGAAAGAGUUUGGUACCUUUUUUUCUUCUUCUUCUCACUUUUCACCCACUCGUCCCUUCUCUCCCCACCAGGGCGACUUUCGAGGCGCCUCAAAAUUGGGCGAGUCGUUCUACAACUCGCGCAUCCCUGCAGCACUUGAGAAGCUCAAAGCAGCCGGGCUGGUGGUGGAGAGCGAGGGGGCGCAGUGCAUAUUCGUGGAGGGGCAUAAGGUGCCUCUGAUCGUUGUGAAGAGCGACGGAGGGUUUAACUACGCCACCACCGACCUUACCUGCCUGCUCUACUGCAUAGAGGAGGAGAAGGCGGAAUGGGUCGUAAAUGUCAUCCGUUUAUCGCAUAUAGGAGGAGAAGGCGGAGUAGGUCGUCCUAAUCAAGGACGUUACUUGUCUCUUCCUUUCCCAGGGCCCUUUCCUCCAUCCCCUUCCCCCACUCUCCCCUCAACCUCUCACCAACCUCCCUCACAGCCACCGCAUAGAGGAGGAGACAUGGCGGACUACCGCAUAGAGGAGGAGAAGGCGGAGUGGGUCGUCUACGUCACGGAUGUUGGGCAGUCGCAGCAUUUUGACAUGUUUUUCAAGUUUCUCAAGGUGAGCUCUGGGCUUGAACAAGUUUCUCAAGGCUUCUAUGCGGGCAUAGCCAAGAAGGGCAAGGCAGUAAAAGCAGAGGAGGGAGAAGAAGCAGAAAAGGCAGCACCCUCUAUUCGAGUGGACCGUGUGGGAUUCAAUAAAGCUGGUGCUGGGCGAGGAUGA